AGGCUAGUCCCCUUUUACCAUCUUUAACUCUGGGGCUGGACUGAUGUUAACCACCAGCUUGACCUUCUCUCUUGUUAACCAGCUUGAUUGUGUGUUGUGAAGUCAACCUGAUGGACCUACGACGAACAGAGAAAGGUUUUUUUAUCUAAACUGGAUCUGAUUCAGCUGCAGCUCUUUUGGUUGUUCCAGUCAGAGAGAUGAAGAAGCUCUGUCACCUGUCUAACAGCAUCCUGAUGGUCAGCAUUUUACUGAUUGUCUUCUUUCUUCCAGGUGCUUUAGCUCAUUGCGGUGAUGCUAUACCAAACCUCCACCUCACUACACCCCGUGAGAUUGAAGCUCUGAUUGGAUCUUGUGUGGAAAUCCCAUGUAUAUUUGAUACUUUGCCAGAAUUUAACAGCAGCGCACCCACUUACGGAAUCUGGAUGAAACAUAGGGGGGUAUAUAUUGUGGGAGCAAGUGAAAUUAUUUUUAAUAGCAGUGGGUCAAUUAACACCCAUCGAAUGGAAAUGAUUGGAGAUGUGAGAAGUAAAAACUGCAGCAGUCGACUUGGUGAGGCAGAAGUAGGUCAUGAAGACAAAUUCUACUUCAGAGUUCACAACUCGGGGAUGUCUGCAACAUAUUGUGAUGAUUUUGUUGAGCUAAAACUUAAAGAUUCUCCUUGGACUCCCAGCAUUGUUGUUUCUGGAAGUGAUCUGAAGGAGCGUCAGUCUGUCACUAUAACCUGCUCAGUUUAUACUCCCUGUUUACCAUCACCUCCUGAACUCACCUGGAAUCUCAAAAAAAACUCUCGCAGACAAAUAGAGAAAGUAGUUGAUGGAACCUUUACAUCUAAACUCCAGGAGACCAUCACUCUGUCAGACAAGCAUGAUGGAUACAACAUCAAAUGUUCUGCUAGAUAUCCUGUGAAAGGAGGUUUCCAACAGUCACCAGAGACAGUAGAGACUCUCAGUGUUUCAUAUGCUCCUAAAGACACUAAAGCCUCCAUCAGUUCAUCAGGUUUGGUGUCAGCAGGUAGUCGGGUGGUGCUGAGCUGCUCCAGCAGAGCCAAACCUCCACCCAGCUUCACCUGGUACAGGAACAACAAAGAUGGAGCCAAUGUAGUGUCAACGGAGCAGCGUUACAGCUUCAGUGCUACUCCUGCUGAAAAAGGAGACUAUUACUGUAAGGCCACAAAUGGGGUGGAUAGUGAGACAUCGACAAACAUCUGUAUUGACAUCAUUGAUGCUCAUUUUACUCCCAGCAUUAGUAUCUCUGUUGGUGAUCUGAGGGAGCGUCAGUCUGUCACCAUAACCUGCUCAGUUGCAACUCCCUGUCCACAAUCACAACCUGAAUUCACCUGGAAUCUCCAACAAGACUCUCUCAGACGAACAGAGAAAAACACAGAGGGAACCUUUACAACUAAAAUCCAGAAGAAGAUCACUCUGUCACACAAACAUGAUGGAUACAACAUCAGCUGUUCUGCCAGACAUCCUGCGGAUAAAAAUGGCAACGCAGCAAAGGCAGAAGUGACUCUCAGUGUUUCAUAUGCUCCUAGAAACACUUCAGUGUCCAUCAGUAAAUCAUCAGGUAGCUGGGUGGAGCUGAGCUGCUCCAGCAGAGGCAAACCUCCACCCAAAAUCACCUGGUUCAAGAAAGGCCCCAAAAAAUUCACUAAAGUAGCUACAGGCAACUUUCACAAGGAUACAUUCACUGAUGGCGAUCAAUACUACUGUGUAGCUGCAAAUAAGCUGGGAAAACAGAAAUCAUCACCGAUCAGUCUCACAGUAAAAGGUAUAUCGGGAGCCUGGGUUUUUGCAUUAAAAGCAACCUUGGGAAUGGCAGCACUUGGCAGUACAGGGUUCUUCAUUGACAAGGGCUGGACUGAUGUUAACCACCAGCUUGACCUUCUCUCUUCCAGCUUGAUUGUGUGUUGUGAAGUCAACCUGAUGGACCUACGACGAACAGAGAAAGCUGCAGUUCUUUUGGUUGUUCCAGUCAGAGAGAUGAAGAAGCUCUGUCACCUGUCUAACAGCAUCCUGAUGGUCAGCAUUUUACUGAUUGUCUUCUUUCUUCCAGGUGCUUUUGCUCAUUGUGGUCGUGUUCUAAACCAGCACAUGUAUACACCACGUGAGAUGGAAGCUCUGAUUGGAUCUUGUGUGGAAAUCCCAUGUAAAUUUGGUACUUUGAAAGGAUAUGACAACAGCAAACCCACUUACGGAAUCUGGAUGAAACAUAUGCCGGUAUAUGAUGUGGGAGCAAGUGAAAUUAUUUUUAACAGCAGUGGGUCAAUUAACACCCAUCAAAUGGAAAUGAUUGGAGAUUUGAGAAGGAAAAACUGCACCACUCGGAUUCCUGAUGUAAAAGCAGAUCUUACAGACAAGUACUUCUUAAGAAUUGAGAACGGGGAAGCGAAAGCAACAUUUUGUGAAGAUCCUUUUAAGUUAACAGUUAUAGAUUCUCCUUGGACUCCCAGCAUUGUUGUUUUUGGAAGUGAUCUGAAGGAGAAUCAGUCUCUCACUAUAACCUGCUCAGCUCAUACUCCCUGUUUACCUUCACCUCCUGAACUCACCUGGAAUCUCAAAAAAGACUCUCUCGGACAAAUACUGAAAAAGACUGAUGGAACCUUUGCAACUAAACUCCAGGAGACCAUCACUCUGUCAGACAAGCAUGAUGGAUACAACAUCAGCUGUACUGCUAGAUAUCCUGUGAAAGGAGGAUUCAAACAGUCAGCGUCAGUAAGGACUCUCAAUGUUUCAUAUGCUCCUAAAGACACCUCAGCAACCACCAGUCCAUCAUAUUUGGUGUCAAAAGGUAGCAGGGUGGCGUUGAGCUGCUCCAGCAGAGGCAACCCUCCCAUUACCAGCUACACCUGGUUCAAGCACCGCAAACGUGGAGACAUUAAAUUAUCUGUGGCGCCGGUUUACAGCUUCUUUGCUACUGAGCGAGCAAACUAUUACUGUGAGGCCAAAAAUACUUUUGGUAGUGAGAGAUCGAAAACCAUCUGUAUUGACAUCAUUGAUGCUCCUUUGACUCCCAGAAUUGAUAUCCCUUUUGGUGAUCUGAAGGAGAAUCAGUCUGUCACUAUAACCUGCUCAGCUUCAACUCCCUGUCCACAAUCACCUCCUAAACUCACCUGGAAUCUCCAACAAGACUCUCUCAGACAAACAGAGAGAAACGCAGAUGGAACCUUUACAACUAAAAUCCAGAAGAACAUCACUCUGUCGGACACACAUGAUGGAUACAACAUCAGAUGUUCUUCCAGACAUCCUGCGGCUGAAAAAAGCAACAUAGCAGCAAAGACAGAAGUGACUCUCAGUGUUUCAUAUGCUCCUAGAAACACCUCAGCAUCCAUCAGUCAAUCAGAUUUGGUGUCAGCAGGUAGCAGGGUGGAGCUGAGCUGCUCCAGCAGAGCCAAACCUCCACCCAGCUUCACCUGGUUCAGGAACAGCGGACGUGGAUUCAUUAAAGUGGCUUCAGUGUUCAGUAUGAGCUUCAAUGCUGCUGAGCGAGGAGACUAUUACUGUGAGGCCACAAAUAGGCUUGGUAGUGAGAAAUCGAAACGCAUCUGUCUUGACCUCAUUGAUGCUCCUUUGACUCCCAGAAUUGAUAUCCCUUUUGGUGAUCUGAAGGAGGGCCAGUCUGUCACUGUAACCUGCUCAGCUUCAACUCCGUGUCCACUCUCACUUCCUGAACUCACCUGGAAUCUCCAACAAGACUCUCUCAGACAAACAGAGAAAAACACAGAGGGAAUCUUUACAACUAAAAUCCAGAAGAACAUCACUCUGUCAGACACACAUGAUGGAUACAACAUCAAAUGUUCUUCCAGACAUCCUGCGGCUGAAAAAAGCAACAAAGCAAAGACAAAAGUGACUCUCAGUGUUUCAUAUGCUCCUAGAAACACCUCAGCAUCCAUCAGUCCAUCAGCUUUGGUGUCAGCAGGUAGCAGGGUGGAGCUGAGCUGCUCCAGCAGAGCCAAACCUCCACCCAACUUCACCUGGUUCAGGAACAGCGGACGUGGAUUCAUUACAGUGGCUUCAGUGUUCAGUAUGAGCUUCAAUGCUGCUGAGCGAGGAGACUAUUACUAUGCUCCUUUGACUCCCAGAAUUGAUAUCCCUUUUGGUGAUCUGAAGGAGGGCCAGUCUGUCACUAUAACCUGCUCAGCUUCAACUCCGUGUCCACUCUCACUUCCUGAACUCACCUGGAAUCUCCAACAAGACUCUCUCAGACAAACAGAGAAAAACACAGAUGGAACCUUUACAACUAAAAUCCAGAAGAACAUCACUCUGUCAGACACACAUGAUGGAUACAACAUCAGAUGUUCUUCCAGACAUCCUGCGGCUGAAAAAAGCAACACAGCAAAGACAGAAGUGACUCUCAAUGUUCCAUAUGCUCCUAGAAACACCUCAGCAUCCAUCAGUCCAUCAGGUUUGGUGUCAGCAGGUAGCAGGGUGGAGCUGAGCUGCUCCAGCAGAGCCAAACCUCCACCCAGCUUCACCUGGUUCAGGAACAGCGGACGUGGAUUCAUUAAAGUGGCUUCAGUGUUCAGUAUGAGCUUCAGUGCUGCUGAGCGAGGAGACUAUUACUGUGAGGCCACAAAUAGGCUUGGUAGUGAGAAAUCGAAACGCAUCUGUCUUGACCUCAUUGAUGCUCCUUUGACUCCCAGAAUUGAUAUCCCUUUUGGUGAUCUGAAGGAGGGCCAGUCUGUCACUAUAACCUGCUCAGCUUCAACUCCGUGUCCACUCUCACUUCCUGAACUCACCUGGAAUCUCCAACAAGACUCUCUCAGACAAACAGAGAAAAACACAGAUGGAAUCUUUACAACUAAAAUCCAGAAGAACAUCACUCUGUCAGACACACAUGAUGGAUACAACAUCAGAUGUUCUUCCAGACAUCCUGCGGCUGAAAAAAGCAACAUAGCAAAGACAGAAGUGACUCUCAGUGUUUCAUAUGCUCCUAAAGACACCUCAGCAACCAUCAGUCCAUCAUAUUUGGUGUCAAAAGGUAGCAGGGUGGCGUUGAGCUGCUCCAGCAGAGGCAACCCUCCCAUUACCAGCUACACCUGGUUCAAGCACCGCAAACGUGGAGACAUUAAAUUAUCUGUGGCGCCGGUUUACAGCUUCUUUGCUACUGAGCGAGCAAACUAUUACUGUGAGGCCAAAAAUACUUUUGGUAGUGAGAGAUCGAAAACCAUCUGUAUUGACAUCAUUGAUGCUCUUUUGAUUCCACACUUUAAUAUCCCUUUUGGUGAUCUGAAGGAGGGCAAAUCUGUCACUAUAAAAUGCUCAGCUUCAACUCCCUGUCCACAAUCACCUCCUGAACUCACCUGGAAUCUCCAACAAGACUCUCUCAGACAAACAGAGAAAAACACAGAUGGAACCUUUACAACUAAAAUCCAGAAGAACAUCACUCUGUCAGACACACAUGAUGGAUACAACAUCAUAUGUUCUUCCAGACAUCCUGCGGCAGAGAAAAAACGUACAGCAAAGACAGAAGUGACUCUCAGUGUUCCAUAUGCUCCUAGAAACACCUCAGCAUCCAUCAGUCCAUCAGCUUUGGUGUCAGCAGGUAGCAGGGUGGAGCUGAACUGCUCCAGCAGAGCCAAACCUCCACCCAGCUUCACCUGGUUCAGGAACAGCGGACGUGGAUUCAUUACAGUGGCUUCAGUGUUCAGUAUGAGCUUCAUUGCUGCUGAGCGAGGAGACUAUUACUGUGAGGCCACAAAUAGGCUUGGUAGUGAGAAAUCGAAACGCAUCUGUCUUGACCUCAUUGAUGCUCCUUUGACUCCCAGAAUUGAUAUCCCUUUUGGUGAUCUGAAGGAGGGCCAGUCUGUCACUAUAACCUGCUCAGCUUCAACUCCGUGUCCACUCUCACUUCCUGAACUCACCUGGAAUCUCCAACAAGACUCUCUCAGACAAACAGAGAAAAACACAGAGGGAAUCUUUACAACUAAAAUCCAGAAGAACAUCACUCUGUCAGACACACAUGAUGGAUACAACAUCAGAUGUUCUUCCAGACAUCCUGCGGCUGAAAAAAGCAACAUAGCAAAGACAGAAGUGACUCUCAGUGUUCCAUAUGCUCCUAGAAACACCUCAGCAUCCAUCAGUCCAUCAGCUUUGGUGUCAGCAGGUAGCAGGGUGGAGCUGAGCUGCUCCAGGAGAGCCAAACCUCCACCCAGCUUCACCUGGUUCAGGAACAGCGGACGUGGAUUCAUUAAAGUGGCUUCAGUGUUCAGUAUGAGCUUCAAUGCUGCUGAGCGAGGAGACUAUUACUGUGAGGCCACAAAUAGGCUUGGUAGUGAGAAAUCGAAACGCAUCUGUCUUGACCUCAUUGAUGCUCCUUUGACUCCCAGAAUUGAUAUCCCUUUUGGUGAUCUGAAGGAGGGCCAGCCUGUCACUGUAACCUGCUCAGCUUCAACUCCGUGUCCACUCUCACUUCCUGAACUCACCUGGAAUCUCCAACAAGACUCUCUCAGACAAACAGAGAAAAACACAGAGGGAAUCUUUACAACUAAAAUCCAGAAGAACAUCACUCUGUCAGACACACAUGAUGGAUACAACAUCAGAUGUUCUUCCAGACAUCCUGCGGCUGAAAAAAGCAACAUAGCAAAGACAGAAGUGACUCUCAAUGUUCCAUAUGCUCCUAGAAACACCUCAGCAUCCAUCAGUCCAUCAGGUUUGGUGUCACCAGGUAGCAGGGUGGAGAUGAGCUGCUCCAGCAGAGCCAAACCUCCACCCAGCUUCACCUGGUUCAGGAACAGCGGACGUGGAUUCAUUAAAGUGGCUUCAGUGUUCAGUAUGAGCUUCAGUGCUGCUGAGCGAGGAGACUAUUACUGUGAGGCCACAAAUAGGCUUGGUAGUGAGAAAUCGAAACGCAUCUGUCUUGACCUCAUUGAUGCUCCUUUGACUCCCAGAAUUGAUAUCCCUUUUGGUGAUCUGAAGGAGGGCCAGUCUGUCACUAUAACCUGCUCAGCUUCAACUCCGUGUCCACUCUCACUUCCUGAACUCACCUGGAAUCUCCAACAAGACUCUCUCAGACAAACAGAGAAAAACACAGAUGGAACCUUUACAACUAAAAUCCAGAAGAACAUCACUCUGUCAGACACACAUGAUGGAUACAACAUCAGAUGUUCUUCCAGACAUCCUGCGGCUGAAAAAAGCAACAAAGCAAAGACAGAAGUGACUCUCAAUGUUCCAUAUGCUCCUAGAAACACCUCAGCAUCCAUCAGUCCAUCAGCUUUGGUGUCAGCAGGUAGCAGGGUGGAGCUGAGCUGCUCCAGCAGAGCCAAACCUCCACCCAGCUUCACCUGGUUCAGGAACAGCGGACGUGGAUUCAUUAAAGUGGCUUCAGUGUUCAGUAUGAGCUUCAAUGCUGCUGAGCGAGGAGACUAUUACUGUGAGGCCACAAAUAGGCUUGGUAGUGAGAAAUCGAAACGCAUCUGUCUUGACCUCAUUGAUGCUCCUUUGACUCCCAGAAUUGAUAUCCCUUUUGGUGAUCUGAAGGAGGGCCAGCCUGUCACUAUAACCUGCUCAGCUUCAACUCCGUGUCCACUCUCACUUCCUGAACUCACCUGGAAUCUCCAACAAGACUCUCUCAGACAAACAGAGAAAAACACAGAGGGAAUCUUUACAACUAAAAUCCAGAAGAACAUCACUCUGUCAGACACACAUGAUGGAUACAACAUCAAAUGUUCUUCCAGACAUCCUGCGGCUGAAAAAAGCAACAUAGCAAAGACAGAAGUGACUCUCAGUGUUUCAUAUGCUCCUAGAAACACCUCAGCAUCCAUCAGUCCAUCAGCUUUGGUGUCAGUAGGUAGCAGGGUGGAGCUGAACUGCUCCAGCAGAGCCAAACCUCCACCCAGCUUCACCUGGUUCAGGAACAGCGGACGUGGAUUCAUUAAAGUGGCUUCAGUGUUCAGUAUGAGCUUCAAUGCUGCUGAGCGAGGAGACUACUACUGUGAUUCCACAAAUGAGCUUGGUAGUGAGAAAUCGACAAGCAUCUGUAUUGACAUCGGUGAUGCUCCUUUGACUCCCAGAAUUAGUAUCUCUACUUGGAAUCUGAGGGAGGGCCAGUCUGUUAUUGUAACCUGCUCAGCUUCAACUCUCUGUCCACACUCACUUCCUGAACUCACCUGGAAUCUCCAACAAGACUCUCUCAGACACACAGAGAGAAACGCAGAUGGAACCUUUACAACUAAAAUCCAGAAGACCAUCACUCUGUCAGAUACACAUGAUGGAUACAACAUCAAAUGUUUCACCAGACAUCCUGCGGCUAGAAAAAGCAACGCAGCAACGACAGAAGUGGCUCUCAGUGUUUCAUAUGCUCCUAGAAACACCUCAGCAUCCAUCAGUCCACCAGAAGGUAACUGGGUGGACCUGAGCUGCUCCAGCAGAGCCAAACCUCCUCCCAAAAUCACUUGGUUCAAGAAAGGCCCGGAAAGUACCACUGAAGUAGCUACAGGCAACUUUCACAAGGUUAAAUUCACUGAUGGCGAUCAAUACUACUGUGUAGCUGAAAAUAAGGUGGGAAAACAGAAAUCAUCACCGAUCAAUCUCACAGUAAAAGGUACAAACGGACUUGGAGCCUGGAUUCUUGCAAUAAUAGGGGCCGUGGGAAUGGUACUUCUUGGCAGUACAGUCUUCAUCCUUGACACCUGGUUCAUUCACUCCUAAUCCAGUCAAGCUCAUGAGUUGUGCUUGUGUGAAGCACUAAAAAUAAAAUGCUGCAACCCGCUA